UCUCUUUUCUGCGCUAAAUUAUAGCAUUCAACAUGGCGACGAUCAGUCGAGUCGACCGCGCUCAGGAACUUGGCUCUUAUAGAGAUCAACAUUAUAGAGGAACCAUUUCUCAGCAAGAGAAACGGUUAAAGAACAGCACCACACUAUAUGUCGGCAACUUGUCCUUUUUCACGACGGAAGAGCAAAUCUACGAGCUGUUCUCCAAAUGCGGUGACCUCAAGCGAAUCAUCAUGGGUCUGGACAAAGUCAGGAAAACCCCCUGUGGAUUCUGCUUCAUAGAAUAUUAUGCAAGAGAAGAUGCCUCCAAUGCAUUGAGGUUCAUCAGCGGUACGCGAUUGGACGACCGCAUCAUCAGAACGGAUUGGGAUGCUGGAUUCAUCGAGGGGAGGCAGUUCGGUAGAGGGAAGAGCGGUGGACAGGUGAGGGAUGAAUACCGGACAGAUUUUGACAGUGAUCGGGGAGGAUACGGCAAGGCUGCCUUACGGCAGCUACAGACGCUGGACCAAAACAUGUUCUGAGAGGGGUUUUCUAGACUCUUAAGACUCGACGGUCGUCAAGGAAGGUGGACCAUUCGGAUUGGACAAACAUUCCCAAGUCGUUGAUUGUGAAGUCGCUGAAGAACUCUCUGGCAUUGAUGAGUGGGGUUCCGACCCUCACUCAGCUGAUGGAUUAUUUAAUUUACCUCCUGCUAUUUAAACAGUCCCAGACAGUCAAAUAAAUCAAUCCACUUCCCCCGCCAUGCUUUUUAUACAGGCUAGUCACCAACAGUCAGAUCAUUCUUGAAGCAAGCACUGUGACUAGUCAAAUUCAGUCAAAAGACAAAGCAGGCAAGUUGUGGGCACUGCUGGCUUACCAAUCACCCACAGUCAAAGCAUACAAUGUAGCUGUAUCAAGUUACAUAAACAGUCCCAGCCAGUCAAUCCUGCCUUAUGUAGGCUGGGAAUUCUUCAAGGGUUGAAAACAAUCACUUGAUUGAUUUUGACUGAAAGGAUAACUUGGCAAGGAACGUUUGUUUGCAUAGGAGGGUUUUUAGCUGAAGUAGUCGUCUCAAUGAAGGAUCUUUGUAAUGGGUUCUUGUAAGAUAACUGGAAAGUUUGAGGCGGGAAAGUUCGCCAGUAAUGUCUUGGUCAAGCUCACACGUUUCCUUCAUACGCUUCAAACCAGAUCGCUUUCCAGUAAAUAUCUUUUAUUGUCAUGAUCCAACAAACAGACUUGAGAAAAGGAAUUUUUUGUUUGAAUUCAUUGCUCUGAAGAGAUUGAGUGUAACUCACUGACUACUGAAACCAAUAUCGUUCACUUUUAAUAGUUUUUUCCCUUGACUUUUGGUUUUUAUUUUUCAUGUGUUAAACAAAAGGCCUACGUUUGUCUGUGUUUGAGUUAUUUCAUGUAAAUAAAGUCGCACAGAAAAAAACAGUGUU